AUGCCGUCAAGUGAGAUCAUAACGAAAAAGCUCGAUACAAGUCCGCAUGGCUCAACGGCUAGCAGUGGGUGUAGGAGCGAUUACGCGUUGAAAUGCGAGGUGUGCGCAGAAGAUAUCAGGACUUUUAUCUUGGGAGCUAAGGUGAGUUGUUUUGGCUGUAAAAAAUUGGCUUGAACAGUUAUAUUCACAGUAACAAAAUCGUAAAUUGUUCAAGUUUAUUGCGUUUUACUGUUUUCUAAGACUGUUUUCUAAGAAGCAGUAAAAUCCAAUGCCUUAAAAUGUUAUUUUUUUUCACUGCUCUACCAAAAUUGAAUUGAUUGUGAAUUAGGCACUAUAGAAAGUAAGCCAACGAUUGUUUGCUUUAGGUAUGUCGGGCAUGCGCUUCCUUCUACAAACGCGCCGUUCUCGAGAAUCUCAAGUACAAAUGCGCCAGUGGCGAUUAUACAUGUGACACGCAAGGAGGUGAGACAAAAUUCUUUUUUUUUAUUCUUUAUUUUGUCCGCUCCCUGAUUUAGACUUAAGAGUCUGUUAAAAUCGGCUCAUAAUUUGACUACGAGCCCAUACAAUAAAGAUAUCUUAGCCCCUACACUGCUAACCCAAAGAACCUUGAUAUCUUUUCGGCAAAAGAUUUUUUGCGAUUAGGUCUUGAAAACCUAUGGUAUGUUAUAGAGGAGCAGCCGAAUGAAUCCACCAGUAGAGUCAACUUUCUGCAGGUGCCAUGUGCGGAGAUAUAUCCGAAAAAUGUUACGUCUAAACUUUUUUCCAUACUAUCGUCGGAAAAAAUUACAAAAUAGCCCCACUGGUAAAGCAAAAUACAAGCCAGGGUUUUCAGGAAUUGUUAGAGCCCUCAUAAAUCACUUUUCUCCCCAAAAAAAAUCAUUUUUCUUGGCAUCAACCCCACAAUUUCAGGCCGAACCCAACGAAUCAAAUGCAAAGCAUGUCGCUACCACAAAUGCCAGCGAGCAAACAUCGAGAUAAACGGUAAGUUUAUUGGUUGUUUUAUUAUUUUUUUCAAUUUUUAGUAGCUGGGACAGCCAAAGACGAAGGCAUUGGCCUGACAGCCCUCUCGUCGACGUCUGAAGCCAAUCUGACGCCGUUGCUACAAGAGUUGGUCAAAGCUUACGAUGAGGUUGCUGCCGCGCAGUUAGAGCGAGUAAAAGAGCAUCAUAGGGAGAUCAAUUUUACGGAAAAUACGGUAAGAUGAGGGAAAAAAUUUUUAUGUUUUGAAAACAUUUAGUUUGUCACGCCUAAAAAGCGAUUCAUCUACGACAUUGAAUGUCAUCUUCUGAAGCCGGCGAUAAGAUUCUUUGAAAAAACUUGCAAAGCCUACAACAAGAUGCCUAAAGAUGAUAAGGUAGGCGACACAUUGGUGAUCAUCUUUUUAUCGUAAUAAAGCUGUAGAUAAGAAAUUACGGUAAAUAAUUUCAGCUAACCCUUAUAAACCAUGUUUUUGUCGAAUUCCGGAAUCUCCAUCAAGCCUUUUUGAGCAAACAAUAUUGCCCGGAGCUCGACGACCCGAAGGUUGUGUUCGCCCCGGGCUACUGGGCCGACCCCUUCAACAUCGACUAUGAUUGGUGGUUUGAGGGCUAUGUUGACAAGCCUGCCUUCAACGAGUAUUGGAAGUAAGUCUUCUACACUUUUUCAAAAAGGAAUAGGUUUUUUGGACUUUUGAAAAAACGUAGUAUAAUACAUGCUUCGGUGGCUGAAGGGGAGGUAAUAUCAGUCCGUGAUAAACCAUGAAACUGAAUUUGCUGAUUAUUUAACUCCAUCCGUAUUUUAAAAACAGUUUUUUUUGGGCCUACAGUGGGGAACCUGAUGCAGUGGCAAAAAACCUACCAUUUUGUAUCCAGGAAGUAUCACAAAAUGUAGCAAAAUACCUCCAGUAGUAUAUAAAGGGGGUUUCUGGACCACACGGAGGAGGGCCCCUAGGGCCUGACGACCAACAGUUGAUUUUGAAGUAUUUUUAUUAAAAACAGACAACAUUUUCUAAAUUUUAACCCCAAUAAAAAAAAAACUGAAUUCGAAGCACUUUUUAAAAAAUAUUAAACAUUGCUAAAAUAAAAAAAUUUCUACAUAUCUAAAAUAAAAAAGCUCUUAAAUUAUUAUUGGGUUUCUGGACCACACGGAGGAGGGCCCCUAGGGCCUGACGACCAACAGUUGAUUUAUAAGUAUUUUUACCAAAAACAGAACACAUUUUUAAAAAUUUUAACCCUCAUAAAAAAAAACAAAAAAAAACAAAACUUAAUUCAAAGCCCUUUUCACCCAAAAUAGUAUAUAUACUUUCUAGGCCACACAGAGGAGGGCCCUUUGGGCCUGACGACCAACAGUUGAUUUAUAAGGUAUUUUUACCAAAAACAGAAACAUUUUCAAAAUUUUAACCCCCAUAAAAAAACUGAAUUCAAAGCCCAUUUCAGCUAAAAUAGAACACUUUUCUAAAAAUCUUAAACAUUGCUCAAAAUAAAAAAAAAAGCUACCUUAUAAAAAAUUUUCUACAUACCUAAAAUUGCUAACACAAAAUACAAAGAAACAAGUUGUAAUAAUGGAUACGACAGUCUUAGAUAAAACAACAGAUAACACAGAUCAGCGAUUUUUCUUAGUUAUCACCUUUUUAAAGCCGCUUCCAGACUUCAAUUGGUUCAAAAAUUCCACAUUUUCAGCAGUUAACUUAUUUGAAUUAGUAUUUUUUACAUUUUUUACUUUAUGAACAUUUUUAAAAUUUUCUACUUUUUCUUCAUUUUUAACUUUUUUUACAUUUUCUAUAUAUCUAAAAAAUAAAACAAUGGUCAACUAAUAAAACGAUAGUCAACAUUUUUAAAAAUUCUACAUAUUUAACUAAUAAAAAGAACAGUCAACAUUUAAAAAAUAUUUACCUUACAAAACAAUAGUUACAUUAUAUAAAAAUAGUAUAUGAAUAAAAAAUUCUACAUAUAAAAAAAUAACCAACAUUUAAAAAAUAGCCAACAAAAGUAGACAUAGAUUAACGAUUUUUCUUAGUAAUAAUUUUUUUAAAGCCAGUUCCACAUAUCAAUUCAUUCAAAAAUUCAAUACUUUCAGCAGUUAAUCUAUUUGAAUCAGUACUUUUUACAUUUUUUACUUUUUUAACAUUUUUUACUUUUUCUACAUUUUCUUCAUUUUUAACCUUUGUAACAUUUUCUACAUUUUCUUCAUUUUUUACUACAGUAACAUUUUCUACAUUAUCACCAAACAGAAUCAUCCCCAUUUAUUAAGGAAUAUUUUUUUCAUCAAUCCAACUAUUAUUUAAAUCUUACAAUUACCUUUUAAAACAGUUUUAUUAUUUUUACUUUUGCUUACUACAGUUUGUUUCUUACAUUUACAGCUAAUAUUACAUCCAAGGUAUUAAAGAAAACAAAGAAACUAGAAUAAUCCAAAAUAACAAAUAUAAAAUUACAAACUAUUCAAAAUAGCGAAAUGUACCUAUUUAUCGAAAAAGGAAUUAGAGGAGGAAUUGUAAACGUAGUUGAUGAAACAGUAUGCUUACAAAAUUAACAAUGAAAUAGAAAAGAAAAAAUCAUAAGGAGUGAAAAAGUGUAUAGUAGAUGAAAUAAAGAUAACAGAUUAUAAAGAAUGCUUAUUUGAAAACUAAUUAAAAAAGAUCAAUAUUUAAUACAAUCUAAGAAACACCAGAUUUAUACAAUAAAAUAAAAACAAAAUAGUUAUGAAUAAUGAUAGCACAGACUUUAAAAGAUUUAUACUAGAAAAUAAAAACAUUAGCCUUUGGACAUUACAAAUUAUUAAAUAGAUAAAAAAUCCUACCUUUAAAAAACAUAUUAUACAUAACGGUUGACAUAGUAGACUAAUCUAAAAACAAUAAUUCAAUAGUUUCUUUCUACCGUAAUGUUUUUUACGUUUUUCAUGUUUUUUAUGUUUUUCACGUUUUACACGUUUUUACAUUUUGUAGCAGUUGUUUACUUUGUUUUAUACGUUUUACGUUUUUAGCAGUUGUUUAUUUUUUAUACGUUUUACCUUUUUUAGCAGUUGUCUACACAGUUUUAAUAUUUUUACAUUUAUAGCUGUUGUUUACAUAAUUUUAAUAUUUUUACGUUUGCAACAUUUUUUGCUUUACUUACAUUGUCUUAUUUUUUGUCAUAUUUUUUUCAUAAUUUAGCAAUUGUAAGCUUAGUUAUAUUUUUGUCAUAUUUUUGAUAUAUUUUAGCAAUUUUAACCUUAGUAAUAAUUUUUGUCAUAUUUUAUCAUAUUUUUAUAUAGUAAUAUUUUUGUCAUAACUUUGUCAUAUUUUAGUCAUAUUUUAACAUAGUAAUAUUUUUGACAUAGUGUAGUCAUAUUUUCAUCAAGAUCCUUCAAUAAUCAACAGAGAAACAGCUAUGAUUCAUCCUUUCUUUUCGCUUUCCUUUUUCUAAAUAAUUCUAAAACAUUCUAAACAAUUCUAAAGUUUUCUUAAUGAUUCUAAAACGUUCUAAAUAAUUCUAAAACGAGGAUAAAAAUUGGGGCAGAAGAUUGCUGACUGUUAUGAAAAUGAUAAAAAUAUGACACUAUCCCAAGAUCCUAAGCAUAUGACAGAAUUAUGACCAAGAUAUUACUAUGUAAAAAUAUGACAAAAAUAUGACAAAGUGUAAGAAUUGAAAAAUUUAGUAAAAACAUGAUAAGAGUUGCUAAAAACAGCUCGCUAAACUGAAAAUUAAAAAAUAUAACAAAAAAAAUAUGAAAAUAUAAAGCUAAGCUAUACAAUUUAAAAAAGCAUGUAGAAAAUAUAUUACUGUGCAUACAGUUGCUAAAAUCGAUAAAAAUAUGACAAUAUAAAACAAAAAAAUGUUGAAAAUUAAUUAAUAUGCUUACAAUUGUUAAACAAAGAUUAUUACUAUGUAAAAAAUGUGACAGAAUAUGAAAAAAUUAUAACUAAGCCUACUAUGUUAAAAAAUAUGUUAAAAAAUUCAAUAAAAACGUUAACUAACAAGGGAAGUACUUGAAGUGUGACGCUCAGAUUUUGAUGAAACUUGGCACAAAUUUAGAAUAAUUUUUUCUAAGAUAUAUGCGGGAAUCCUAGCUCGCGCUUUGCAGAAACAACCGAGAUUUUUAGAUCGAAAGUCGGCGAAAUUUUAGGACUUUUUGCCGAAUUUCGGCACGAAAAGUUUCAUGCCUAUUUCAACUGUAAAGGAUAAUGUUUCUACAAAAAAUCAAAAUUUUCCGCACGAAACUGCCAAAGUUAUGGCCAAAAAACGGUUUUCUCUCUGACCGCUCUCCACGUUGAGCGUGCUCUCUCGGCGGCAAAAAUCGUUCGAUAUCUCGGCGGCGCCCGCAAAGCGCGAGCUAAAACUUUCAGGAAUUGAUAUUUAGUCCAUACCCGACGUGUGUGCAAAUUUUAAAGAAAAUCUGAGCGUCACACUUGAAGUACUUCCCCUGUAAGCUAAAAUAAAUAAAAAAAAAUGUUGUAAACAUAUGCUAAAAUUUAAGAAAUAUGAAAGGACUUAAAAAUGUUGUAAAUUAUGACAAUUUAAAACUAAUCUGUAAAAUUUAAAAAAAGUCCGUUUGCGGGCACCCAAAAGAGCAUAAAUAAAAUUUAAAAAACGUUUUUAUUGAAUUUUUUAACAUAUUUUUUAACAUAGUAGGCUUAGUUAUAAUUUUUUCAUAUUCUGUCACAUUUUUUACAUAGUAAUAAUCUUUGUUUAACAAUUGUAAGCAUAUUAAUUAAUUUUCAACAUUUUUUUGUUUUAUAUUGUCAUAUUUUUAUCGAUUUUAGCAACUGUAUGCACAGUAAUAUAUUUUCUACAUGCUUUUUUAAAUUGUAUAGCUUAGCUUUAUAUUUUCAUAUUUUUUUUGUUAUAUUUUUUAAUUUUCAGUUUAGCGAGCUGUUUUUAGCAACUCUUAUCAUGUUUUUACUAAAUUUUUCAAUUCUUACACUUUGUCAUAUUUUUGUCAUAUUUUUACAUAGUAAUAUCUUGGUCAUAAUUCUGUCAUAUGCUUAGGAUCUUGGGAUAGUGUCAUAUUUUUAUCAUUUUCAUAACAGUCAGCAAUCUUCUGCCCCAAUUUUUAUCCUCGUUUUAGAAUUAUUUAGAACGUUUUAGAAUCAUUAAGAAAACUUUAGAAUUGUUUAGAAUGUUUUAGAAUUAUUUAGAAAAAGGAAAGCGAAAAGAAAGGAUGAAUCAUAGCUGUUUCUCUGUUGAUUAUUGAAGGAUCUUGAUGAAAAUAUGACUACACUAUGUCAAAAAUAUUACUAUGUUAAAAUAUGACUAAAAUAUGACAAAGUUAUGACAAAAAUAUUACUAUAUAAAAAUAUGAUAAAAUAUGACAAAAAUUAUUACUAAGGUUAAAAUUGCUAAAAUAUAUCAAAAAUAUGACAAAAAUAUAACUAAGCUUACAAUUGCUAAAUUAUGAAAAAAAUAUGACAAAAAAUAAGACAAUGUAAGUAAAGCAAAAAAUGUUGCAAACGUAAAAAUAUUAAAAUUAUGUAAACAACAGCUAUAAAUGUAAAAAUAUUAAAACUGUGUAGACAACUGCUAAAAAAGGUAAAACGUAUAAAAAAUAAACAACUGCUAAAAACGUAAAACGUAUAAAACAAAGUAAACAACUGCUACAAAAUGUAAAAACGUGUAAAACGUGAAAAACAUAAAAAACAUGAAAAACGUAAAAAACAUUACGGUAGAAAGAAACUAUUGAAUUAUUGUUUUUAGAUUAGUCUACUAUGUCAACCGUUAUGUAUAAUAUGUUUUUUAAAGGUAGGAUUUUUUAUCUAUUUAAUAAUUUGUAAUGUCCAAAGGCUAAUGUUUUUAUUUUCUAGUAUAAAUCUUUUAAAGUCUGUGCUACACAUCAACCACAAACAGAAUGCCAAGAUUUUUGGCAUUCGGUUUUUUAAGGGUCUCUAAUGUUUUAGCUUACUGUGCAGUGGGUAAUGAACAAAAUAACAUGAACCUUCGAUUAAAACAUUGCCAAGGACCCAUAUUUUUUAAAUUAAGGGAUUUUGUCGUUCUUCGGCCACCAGGUUAGCGACAAACUGCCGGAGAAAAUCGAAUUUUUGCAAACUUUGCGGCCGAAUAACUUGUCUAAAACGAUCGAAACACGGAAAGUGAUUGCAUCGAUCUUCAGAAUAUUGUAUUCUAAGGUAGUAUGCGAAGUUUGAAGCAAAUCGGACUGAUAAUAAAAAAGUAGAUGCGAUUUUAAGCUUUUUACCUUAUGGAUUAUAUUACUUUAGGCAACUUUUAAUGUCCGACAGCGUUAAAUAGUCUAAUUAAUUAACUAUAUUAUCUCAUAACAUCCUGUUAAGGGAGAUUAAUUGCAAAAAUUUUAACUCUCAGGCCGAAAAAAGUUUUACCUUAUAGUAGCAUACCUGAUCUUAUACCAAAAAUAAUGAAAGUUUAUGACUGAAGUCAAAGUUUUAAAACUAUCUAUGUGAAUUGAGAUGGCUUUCUAAGGCUAUACUGAGCUUUUGGAGUUGGUUUCAACUUCGCUGCGCCAAUUUCAAAAAUGGCCAAUAUCACCUAAAACAAGGUUCUUAGAACAGCUUCUAAACUGGUGCGAAUGCCACUAAUUAUGCUCUUAUUGUCUUUUUAGAUCAUAGUGGACCUAGCUGAGUCAAAAUUUACCGAUUUUUAAAUAUUAUUUUAGUCACUUAAAUAUCAGUUUUUUUGGAAUUUUGAGUGAGUAAGCUAGUAUAUGACACAGGGUUGCUUAUGGUUCUCUAAAACUACUCUAAUUAUGCUCAUAGAAAAAAGAAUUUAGGGAAUUGCUUCGUUACGAAAUGAUUUAGUAGCAAAAGAUGUCUAAAAUAAGGUUUUCAAAUCUACUAUUUUUUGGUCAGUCCGACUCGUUUCCAAUUUUUAAUUUGAGCUACCCUUGGGCACCCUAACAAAGUUAUGCAAACAGUUUUCCCGAUUUGAAACUUUUUUUUUUGUGGUUGAUGUGUGCUAUCAUUAUUCAUAACUAUUUUGUUUUUAUUUUAUUGUAUAAAUCUGGUGUUUCUUAGAUUGUAUUAAAUAUUGAUCUUUUUUAAUUAGUUUUCAAAUAAGCAUUCUUUAUAAUCUGUUAUCUUUAUUUCAUCUACUAUACACUUUUUCACUCCUUAUGAUUUUUUCUUUUCUAUUUCAUUGUUAAUUUUGUAAGCAUACUGUUUCAUCAACUACGUUUACAAUUCCUCCUCUAAUUCCUUUUUCGAUAAAUAGGUACAUUUCGCUAUUUUGAAUAGUUUGUAAUUUUAUAUUUGUUAUUUUGGAUUAUUCUAGUUUCUUUGUUUUCUUUAAUACCUUGGAUGUAAUAUUAGCUGUAAAUGUAAGAAACAAACUGUAGUAAGCAAAAGUAAAAAUAAUAAAACUGUUUUAAAAGGUAAUUGUAAGAUUUAAAUAAUAGUUGGAUUGAUGAAAAAAAUAUUCCUUAAUAAAUGGGGAUGAUUCUGUUUGGUGAUAAUGUAGAAAAUGUUACUGUAGUAAAAAAUGAAGAAAAUGUAGAAAAUGUUACAAAGGUUAAAAAUGAAGAAAAUGUAGAAAAAGUAAAAAAUGUUAAAAAAGUAAAAAAUGUAAAAAGUACUGAUUCAAAUAGAUUAACUGCUGAAAGUAUUGAAUUUUUGAAUGAAUUGAUAUGUGGAACUGGCUUUAAAAAAAUUAUUACUAAGAAAAAUCGUUAAUCUAUGUCUACUUUUGUUGGCUAUUUUUUAAAUGUUGGUUAUUUUUUUAUAUGUAGAAUUUUUUAUUCAUAUACUAUUUUUAUAUAAUGUAACUAUUGUUUUGUAAGGUAAAUAUUUUUUAAAUGUUGACUGUUCUUUUUAUUAGUUAACUAUGUAGAAUUUUUAAAAAUGUUGACUAUCGUUUUAUUAGUUGACCAUUGUUUUAUUUUUUAGAUAUAUAGAAAAUGUAAAAAAAGUUAAAAAUGAAGAAAAAGUAGAAAAUUUUAAAAAUGUUCAUAAAGUAAAAAAUGUAAAAAAUACUAAUUCAAAUAAGUUAACUGCUGAAAAUGUGGAAUUUUUGAACCAAUUGAAGUCUGGAAGCGGCUUUAAAAAGGUGAUAACUAAGAAAAAUCGCUGAUCUGUGUUAUCUGUUGUUUUAUCUAAGACUGUCGUAUCCAUUAUUACAACUUGUUUCUUUGUAUUUUGUGUUAGCAAUUUUAGGUAUGUAGAAAAUUUUUUAUAAGGUAGCUUUUUUUUUAUUUUGAGCAAUGUUUAAGAUUUUUAGAAAAGUGUACUAUUUUAGCUGAAAUGGGCUUCGAAUUCAGUUUUUUUUUAUGGGGGUUAAAAUUUUGAAAAUGUUUCUGUUUUUGGUAAAAAUACCUUAUAAAUCAACUGUUGGUCGUCAGGCCCAAAGGGCCCUCCUCUGUGUGGCCUAGAAAGUAUAUAUACUAUUUUGGGUGAAAAGGGCUUUGAAUUAAGUUUUGUUUUUUUUUGUUUUUUUUUUAUGAGGGUUAAAAUUUUUAAAAAUGUGUUCUGUUUUUGGUAAAAAUACUUAUAAAUCAACUGUUGGUCGUCAGGCCCUAGGGGCCCUCCUCCGUGUGGUCCAGAAACCCAAUAAUAAUUUAAGAGCUUUUUUAUUUUAGAUAUGUAGAAAUUUUUUUAUUUUAGCAAUGUUUAAUAUUUUUUAAAAAGUGCUUCGAAUUCAGUUUUUUUUUUAUUGGGGUUAAAAUUUAGAAAAUGUUGUCUGUUUUUAAUAAAAAUACUUCAAAAUCAACUGUUGGUCGUCAGGCCCUAGGGGCCCUCCUCCGUGUGGUCCAGAAACCCCCUUUAUAUACUACUACCUCCCUCUCCAAGUUUUUUUGUGAGGGAAAGGGCGCGCCCUUCAAAACGAAGUUUUUUCACUUGGAGGGGGAGGCAUUUUGUUGCAUUUUUUGAUACUUCCCGGAUGCAAAAUGCUACGUUUUUCGCCUGUAGCAUGGGUCUAUGCAAAAAAUAACUUUUUUCAAUCAAAAAAAAAAUAGUUUUUUUUUGCUGAAGAAGAUACUUUAAAAAUAAAAUCGGUCGUAAAAAAUUAUGAAACAAGCUAUAAUAUACCGCCUCUCAUACCUAUGGCCAACUCUUUUCAGCGUGGUCCUUCCCUUCACUCGAGAAUUCAUCGACAUCAUUCAAAAGCUCAAAAUCUUGCAGAUCGACAAAGUGGACACCAUUGUUCUAAUCUACAUGUCCUUAUGGAAACACGGUAAAUUUAACCCGUCCUCUUGAGUUUUUAAGCUUUCUAGUUUGCGAUUUCGGCGCUUAUCUCCAUCUGUAACGUCCCCUAUGUUUCAGCGGAAUACCUGAACCUCUAUUCAAAGGAAAUGGAGGAGUUCAAGGACAGCGUCACCGCUGAAUGGAUGGCUCAUCUGGAUCGCCGCUUUGGAAAGGAAACGCCCGUCAAAUUAACGAGCAUUAUGAUCUUGUACAAGCGGUUUGAUGUGAGUUUCAAAAAUCGCUUUUAUCGUAUUAUAAUUUUUAUCAGUUUGUUGGGAAAAUAAUGAGGGCAUUGUCGCUGCGCUGGUCGGGCCACUGAAGUGAAAAGAAAUUUGAUUUUUCCGCGACGCAAUAGUUUAUUUUCCUGACGGCGAUGCGAUUUUUCUUGCGAAAUUUUUCACAUUAUUUUCCCGACAGUCUGAUAGUAUACUAAACCGUAACUUUUGAUUUUUAGGAAAUUGGAAUUGAGUACAAAAACACGUCGAUGCAAAUAAAAGUGCUUCGGAAUAGCGGCGUAAACGUUGUGAAUUGCGACAUCAGCCAUCUUGUAGAUGCGCUGAGAAUCGCUGACGAAGUGUGA